GACUGCUCCGACGCGUCCGUUCGCUUCGGACCGCUGAAACUUGUGCGCAGAGAUACAGAGGCGGAAAGACGCAGCCAGCUCGUCUCAGAUAGUGGAUUAGACUCACGCUCUCAUUUUCUUUCUUUCCUCCCCCCCACCGUAAUUCUCUCUCUCUCUCUCUCUCUCUCUCUGUCUCUCUCUCUCUCUCUCUCUCUCUCCUCCUCCUCCUCCCUCCGGUUUCGUGUUACAAAGCCCUGGGAGGGGAGUUUGCGCGGAGAGACAGUUUUUCUCCGCGCAGGAACCGAAUGACAGGAUCAUAUGGCUCGAUCCUGCCUUUCAGCCGAAAACAGAGCAAAUAAUAGAGGCAACAAGAAGGGGGGAGAAGUGAGAGGCCCGGGGCGAAUUCGUCAGAUAUUGACGGGGAUGUGGAAUAAUAUAUAACUCCAAUUCCACACACACACACACACACUCACACACACAAGUAGGACAAAUCCGAGAUAACGGAAAGACGCGAGAAGCGGAGAGAGAAGGAUACUGGAUCUGUCUCUCAGGGGGGGCGAGAGACGGAGAGGGGAGCGCAGGAGGACGCGUUGCCUGCGACCAUCACCACCAUCGCCAUCACCAGCACCACCGCGACCAUAAGCCCAAUGUGACCUUCAUCUGAGGUGCGCGUCUCCGAACAACGUUCACGAAGAGGACAGAGGCGUGGGCGAAAAACCCACACGAAGCAGCCCGAGAGGAGAUCGAGGAGAAAUCGCACGGACGCACGAGGGAGGAGAAGAAAAACAAGCUGCCAGGGGCCCUGCCGCUCUCUCCAGUCCCUCCAGCCGACUGAUCCCUCCAUCCGCCGCUCCGCGGCAGUUUUUUCGACGAAUGGGAGCUGACAAGGGAACCAUGGGCGGGACGAAGGUCUUGCUCCUGGUGAUUCUGGUCGGCUGGGAGAAGGCGGUUUGUCUCAACUGGAACCCGGUCCCGCGCAAGACCGUCCGAUACCAGGAUGUGCUGGACAGCAUGGCGAGGUUCAGCGUCCAGGGAGUGUUCAACUACAGCAUGCUGACUCUGUCCGACCACGAGAGGGUCUUGUACGUCGGAGCGCGGGAGGCGCUGUUCGCCCUGGACCCCAACGACAUAAGCAAACAGCUGCGGCCACAGAUCGACUGGCCGGCUCCGCAGGAUAAGAAGAGAGAGUGUAUUGCUAAAGGGAAGAACAACCAGACCGAGUGCUUCAACUACAUCCGCUUCCUGCAGAGCUACAACCACACGUACCUCUACACCUGUGGCACUUACGCCUUCCAGCCCAAAUGCGUCUACGUGGAUGCAGACUAUUUUGCCCUCGACAUUGCAACCCUGGAGGAUGGGAAGGGCAAAUGCCCAUACGACCCUGCCAAGGGGCACACUGGACUGAUAGUGGAUAAGGAGCUGUACUCGGCGACACUCAACAACUUCCUGGGUACAGAACCGGUCAUUCUGAGGAACUUGGGCAAGCAGCACUACAGCAUGAAGAGUGAAUACUUGCCCGCGUGGCUCAAUGAGCCAGACUUUGUGGGCUCCGCCCUGGUGAGGGAGAGCAGCGGCAGCAAGGAGGGCGACGACGACAAGAUCUACUUCUUCUUCAGCGAGCGAGCGCUGGAGCUGGACUGCGACACAGAGCUCACCGUGGCCAGAGUGGCCCGCGUCUGCAAGGGGGAUCUGGGUGGUACCAGGACCCUGCAGAAGAAGUGGACCACCUUCCAGAAAGCGCGGCUGGAGUGCUCCCUCCCAGAGCGCCACGUCUCCUUCAACAACCUGAGGGCCGUCUUCACGCUGCCGGGGCAGGACUGGCGGGGAACCACCUUCUAUGGCAUCUUCCACGCCCAGUGGGGCGAUGUGGAUGUGUCGGCUGUGUGCCAGUACCAGAUCGGUGAUGUGAAGAAGGUGUUUGAGGGAUCCUACAAGGAGUACAGGGAGCCAUCUCAGAGGUGGGGACGCUACACCGGUGCUGUGCCUGUCCCCCGGCCUGGAUCGUGUAUAACCAACGCCGACAGGGACAGCGGCUACAACAGCUCCCUGCAGCUGCCCGACGCCACGCUCAACUUCGCCAAGAAGCACCCGCUGAUGGAGGACAAAGCUCUGGCUCGCCCCCUGCUGCUCACCAAGGGCGUCAACUUCACCAGGCUGGCAGUGGACCGGGUCAGUGCCCUGGACCUGCGGGCGUACAACAUGCUCUUCAUUGGAACAGCGGAGGGCUGGCUGCAGAGGGUGUUGAUCCUCGGCUCCGAGGCCCAUGUCAUCGAGGAGAUCCAGCUGUUUGAGACGGGGCAGCCGGUGGACAGCCUGACCAUCUCCCACUCCAAGAAGUACUUGUACAUCGGCUCUCGUUCAGAAGUUCUCCAGCUGCCCCUGGCCAACUGCAGCCGCUAUCAGUCUCAGCCAGACUGUCUGCUCGCCCGGGACCCCUACUGCGCUUGGGACAGUGAGGGUCGGGCCUGCGUCCGCAUCGACCUCCACCGCGGGUCCACCUCCUCGCUGUCACAGGACCUCAUGCUGGAAAGGUUCAGCCGAGGGAAAGCCAAGUUCGACAAGCCCGUCUCCAUCCCCAGCCCUGAGCACUCCCGUCUGAGGAACGUAACGGUGGUGGUGGGGUCAGACAUGGUGUUGCCUUGCCAGCUGGUCUCCAACCUGGCCCAGCCCUGCUGGGUUCUCAACGACCGCGAGCUCCUGCUGGCCGACCCAGAGGCUGGAGGGCCACGCUUUGACCGGACCCUCAAAGCCCUUGUCAUCCCCAACGCAGGCCAGAUGCAAGCCGGCCGCUAUAUCUGCUACUCUGAGGAGCAGGGGGUCAAGUUUCAGACAGAGCGCUACCAGGUGGCCGUUGUAGCCAGUGCCCCGGUCUUCAUGGAGGCCCGGACUCCAGACAGCAGCAUGGGGCUGUUCUGGGUGCUGGUCAUCACCCUCGGCACGGCGUGCCUGCUGCUCCUCAUAGCAGCUCUUUACCUGCGUAGGAGGCUGAAGCUCGCGCUGGGGAAGGGAGCCGACAUGAAGCCUCUUGAGAGUACCCUGGUGUACCCCAUCACUCUGCCCAAGGAGCCCCCCACCUUUGUGCCGAGCAAGAUGCCCACCGACGAGGACCGCUUCUGGGAGACAGGCGCCAACUACUACUACUCGGACGGCUCGCUCAAGAUCGUUCCCGGUCACGCCCUGGGUCCCAACAGCGUUAGCAGCACGGCGUCGCCCAGCGCCAUUCCCGGCCAGCCCAUCCACUCCCCCAGCCGUCUCAGCCUUACCAACAUCCGAGGCUCCGGUAGCAAUGGCUACAUACGUCUCAACAUGAGCACAGCAGGGGAGGAGAGGGCUAGCGGUGCUGGCGCUGGGGGCGGCGCGCUGGGAGGCCUAGGAAUGAGCGGGAACGACUACUCCAGCCCCUUCAAGGAAGAGCUGAGACGCACUUUGCAGCAAAGGAGCGUGCUGCCCGAUGCAAACCCCGAGGAGUCGUCCGUCUAGGCCUGUCCUCCUCUGUCUCCAUUCCCUGAGUUGGAAAAAACAAAACAACGAACCUACCUCCCUCCUUGUGAGGACGCCUGCUCUCUCGCUCUCAAUUCCCCAUGUUCGCUCUCUCUCGCUCCGCCAAUGCCUGUUUGGUUCACUGUAGACAUUUAGAGCACCCAGCAUGUCAAUUAUUCGCGCUCAUGCACCAUGUUCGCCGACAUGCACUCCUGUAAUUAUUGAGUUCUGGACAGUAUCGUCACUUGUGUAAAUUGUGUAAUCUGCGAAGCCCGAGCGCAAAAGGAGAGCACCUCAAGUAUGGAAAUCAAACUAAUGGCUGCGUGACAUGUUUUCUGAAGGGCACAUUUCUUUUACGUCGCGUGGACCAAGUGAAGCUUUCAGAAGCCCAAGUUGACGAGCAGCAAAUGCAUACUGACUGGAAAUAUUUAACGGAUUCUUUCCCUCUUUUCCUUUGAGACCUUUUCAGCUUACUGCACUUAAAAACUGGAAGCACGUCUUCCAUUUUUGUAUUCGUGAGCCAUGAGUGUGAGAGUGGUGUAAGAAGACUAAUUAAUCUCGAAGCAAGACGACAAUCAUGUCCCUUCAGCAGGAGCUCUGCUCGGGGCCGGAGAGGAGAGGAGAGAGAGCGAGAGACAAAGAGAGAGGAAGUGAAAUGGAAAAAUGAAGUGAAUCUGAGCGAAAGCCGUUUUUUUCGAAACGAAGGACAAUCUCUCAAAGACUUUCUCUGCUCAAUUUGUUUUUUUCCCCCCAGCAUUGUAUUCACCCGCCGAGAAAGUCCUCAAUCCCUUCCACUUUAAGUUGUCGUGGUGGCUGGUUUGAAUUAAGAAGACCUUUCUUGUUGCUCUUUACUUGUUGUUCCUUUUCUAUGUAUUACGGACUACAACAGUGUUCGAUUGUCAAGUGACUGAUCCCCCCCCCCCCCCACCCACCCCCGUGAUUGACAUGAUGUGAGGGCAAGGCGCUUACAUUCCUUGUUCAGCACGGUGACCCCUCAAAAUGCAUGUUCAAGUCCAACUUACUUCAAGUUCACUCCACAUGACAUUUUGCACACUGUACAACAGACAUGUGUUGCGGUCGGGCUCUCUCGGACGUUUUGCUCAACUCAACUUUGAAAAGAAGGGGGCUAUUUGCAUUCAGCUCCGAGCGGCGGAACAAUGAUUGCACACUUAAUUCCAAAUUGAAGUCGACGUGAAGACAUUAGGCAUGGAGAAUGUAGUUGAACCCUCACUGUUGCGACCGCUGUGGAUGUCUUAAUAAGUGCUUUGAAUCUUGUGUGUUUAGUGAGGGUGGUAACUUGUACUGCCAAGAAGGAAACUACCACUCACACACACACACACACACACACACACUCACAGUCCUUUGAAUGCCGACCAUCCAGGACUACAGUGUGUUUAUGACGCACCCUUGAACGCCAUAGACCUCUUACCGAUGCCCAGAGACUGACCCAGGGCCACUGUGGACUCACGCAGAGGAAAACACACACACACACCCACACACAACAAGAACACGCUCACAGUGUCAAUGGAAGAGUGAGACAACCUGGACAGACAGACUGACCGAAUGCUGCUGUGCUGAAAAAACGACUGGCUCCAGGCGAGACGCGGCCAUGGAUCACUGACAGGGGUGGCGUUUGGGGUUUUUUUUUUGGGACAUGCCUGUUGGGACCAGAGGAGCACAGCAAGUCGGAAGGAGAGGACAAAAAUACUCUGUUCUGCCCCACGGUGUACAGUUCGCUGAGAAAGAUGUAGAAUAUCAAAUGUGAGCCCAAUGUUGGAGAGGUACACAGCCAUCAGCACUCCAUCCUAGUGUUGCAUGAUCCUCUGCAAGUGGACUGUACAUCUUUGAUAUGAUCAUCCUUGUACAAGUGCAUCAUUUUUGAUUGAUCCUUUUUGGACUUUUACAGACAUUAAUAUUGUGGAACACUAAUGCUCUCUUUGGAAAAAAAAAAAAGAAGGAAAAAAAAACAACUAAAUAUGUCUGAUUUUAUUUUAAUGGUUCAAGGUUUGUACAGGAAUUCAUGGCUGCAUUUCGACAUGUUUACUUUUUUCUGUGCCUCUUCACCUUUUGAAUAAGCCAAAGUAGACUGCAGUUGCUUUUGUCCUUGUUGAAACGCUUAAAUUAAUUUUAUUUGAUUCCAGAUCGAUAUUUAAAUCGCAGCAGUCCGUCCACUUCUGCUACACUGAGCUGAUGUCCGCUGCAUUUCUGCGUCAUUUAUUUGCUGCGACUUUUCCCUCAAGCGAAACACAAAAAACGGCUUGAUGCUGGCGAACUUCCUGUUUGCUUCCUGUUUACAGUACAGUCAGUGAUCUGCUGAGGCCAAUUCUUUAUGCGCUGUCUUAAUCAAAGGCCAAAUAAUGUACCAAAACUGUACCUAUUACUUAAUUUGUCAGCUCUUGUAGAACCAAAUAAGUACCAGCUGAUCAGUACUUAACUGUGCCCACUUUUUAGUGUUAAUUCCCCCGAGGAAGAAAGCUAAAGACACAUUAGCUCUUUACACUGUUAAUUAUGUCUUAAUAUCUUCCCCUUUUACAAUUAGUCUUUAUUUUUCUUAAUUUAACUUGUUGUAAAAGCUCAAAUGAAAAAAAAAACCAGCUAUCUUUAAUGCACAUAAAGUGCAUCCCCCCCGUUCUUACACAUGUUCUAGCUCAUAAUAUUGCUUUCAGACAAGGCUUUAAGUUCUGCUGUUUCUCUCACAUUAUGAUUUGUAUUGUUCUAUCCAUGACACCAAUUUUAUUUUUUGCCCCGUCUUUUGCUGGUCUGUUAGUGGUCUUUUAUGUUUGUUUUUAAGAUAUGUUAAGUAACUUAUUUCACUUGUACAAACAUGUUGAUAUUUAUUAUCAUUGUACAUAUGUCCUUAUUUUUUAUAUGUGUAUAUAUACACAAAUAAAAAUAGAGAUAUA